AUGGCCUUCCGAGAUGAUCACCACCUAGAUCUUCCGAGGGGAAAAUGUAUUAAACCUGAAAUAUUGGGGGCAAUAGAGCAGUCAAGACUUGUACUUGUGAUAUUCUCUAAAAACUACACUUCUUCUACUUGGUGCCUGGAAGAAGUUGCUAAGGCUGUGGAGUGCAAGGAUAUCAAUGAAGGAUCAGUGAUACCAAUCUUCUACGAGGUCGAUCCAUCUGACAUACGAAAAUUGAGGGCAAACUUUGGGACAGGCUUUACUAAAAUUGAGGAAGCUUAUUCGGGUGACAAGAGAGAUAUAAAGAAGUGGAAGGAUGCAGUGAGUGAAGUAGUUGGUCUUGCUGGCAUAGAAUUGAAAGAUGGAUAUGAGACCAAGUUUAUUCAACAAAUCAUUAGAGAAGUCGAAAAUAAACUGGGUCCUCGGCUGCCCUAUGUCGUAGGCGACCAUGUGGGAAUGCACUCCCGCGUUGCAAAUGUAGUUGAAUGUUUAUGCUUGGACAAGAGUGAUGUGCACAGUAUUGGCAUGUGGGGUAUGGGUGGCAUAGGCAAAACAACUAUUGCACGAGUAGUUCAUGACAAAAUCCGUGGCCAAUUUAAUGAUGGAUGUUGUUUUCUUGCCAAUGUUAGAGAAAUUUCAAAAAAGAAUGGUCUGGUGUAUCUACAAAACCAGUUUCUUGGCGAUAUUCUCCACAACGACAAUUUGAGAAUUAGGGAUGAUCACAGAGGUGUGAACAUGAUAAAAGAACGACUACAACAUAAAAAAGUUCUCAUUAUACUUGAUGACGUGGAUGAAAAGGAGCAAUUGGAAAAAUUAGUAGGAGGUUUUGAUUGGUUUGGAAGUGGAAGUAGGAUCAUUAUAACAGCCAGAGAUGAACAUUUGCUUCUCCAAUAUGGAGUGAAUUCCAUAUAUAAGGUGGAGGAACUAUCCUUUGGUGAGGCUCUCCAGCUAUUUUGUUUGAAAGCUUUUAGAAGUAACCAUCCUCCAAUAGAGUUCAAUGAGCUCGUGGAGCAGGUUAUUAGAUAUGCUAAUGGCCUUCCUCUAGCCCUUGAUGUCUUGGGUUCCUUUUUGGCUUGUAGGAGCUCGAUGCAAUGGAAGAGUGCACUGGCCAGACUCAAAGAAUGUCCAGAAGAGAAAAUUUUUGACCGACUUAGGAUAAGUUAUGAUGGACUACAGCAGAAAGAGAAGGAGAUUUUCCUAGAUAUUGCCUGUUUUUUCAAGGGAAAUGAGAAACCUUACGUUAUAGAAGUACUGGACAAUUGUGGGUUCUACGCAGAUAUUGGAAUCGAAGUGCUUGUUGAUAAAUCUCUUAUCCAAAUUGUGGACAACAAACUGUGGAUGCAUGAUUUGCUACAAGAGAUGGCUUGGGAAAUUGUUCGUCGAGAGUCUCCUAAAGAGCCAGGAGAACGAAGUCGAGUUUGGCUUUUUGAGGAUGUAUGCCAUAUUUUGUCAAAAAACUCGGGAACUAGAAAAGUCAAAGCCAUAGUUUUGCAAUCUAGGGACUGUAGAACAGUGCGCUUGAAUGGAGAGUCAUUCACAAACAUGACUAACUUAAGAUUGCUUGAUGUUCGUGCCAUCCACCUUUCUUCUGGGUUGAAGCACCUUUCAGAUGAACUAUGCUUGCUAAGAUGGGACAACUAUAGUCUUAGAUCAUUUCCACCAAGUUUUCUUCCAAAGAAUCUCGCUGAACUCCAUAUGCAAGAUAGCUUCCUUUGCAGCUUCUGGAGAGGGGAAAAGAUGCGGGUCUUAGAGAAGUUGAAAGUUAUCAACCUCAGUGGUUCCAUAUUAUUUGUGGAGACUCCAAACUUCAUAUAUGUCCCAAAUCUGGAGAGGCUAAUUCUCAAAGGUUGCAAAGCAUUUUCUCAAGUUCAUUCUUCAAUUGGAAAUCUAGAAAGACUCAAUCUACUUGACUUGGGUGACUGUGAAAACCUCACGAGACUUCCGGAUAGUGUAGGUAAUCUAAAAUCUCUUAGAGUUCUUAAUCUAUCUGGAUGUUCAAAUCUUGAAGAACUACCUUGUCCAAGAAAGUUUGAUGAUAUUUUAGUCAAGUGGUCUAGUUCAUCGCCCAGGGAUUGGUAUAGAAUCUACCAUGAGUUUCAACCUCGAAGGGAGUUCAAUAGUGUCUUCAAAUAUUCCAUUGAUCCGGAUCUGUACAGAGUGAAUGAAGGUGUAAUGAGCUGUGGUGCCUCUGAGGCUAAGUUCCUCCCAUUCAUUGGAAGUCGUGUACGAGUGGAGUAUCUAUAUUUGCUUUGGCAUCCUUCAAGACUUCGACUAGUGUCUCUUUGUGAUUUCAAUGGAAGGUAA